GAGCCGUCCAAAUUUAGAGAUUAUUCGCAACCAUAGCACCGCUAGUACACUGCGUCACAUGUACUGCACCGGUUUCCUCCCCUUCGUCUUCCUCGUGAAAGAGCCCUAAAACUCUGAGCGCUUCCUCUUGGAUUUAAUUUUUCCCCCGCCCUCCGUGAUCUUGGCGAGAGGGAUAGGGCUAGGGAUUCCGUUAUCCUCCUCCCUGUCCUCCUUUGCGGGGUGUCGUUUGUUCUUUGAUCGACGAGAGGCGGAGGAUUUAUGUUCUUCUUCUUCACCGGUCGAAUGAUGGUUUGAGGAUUUGAAAUUGUGGUGGCGGGGCGGGGGAGUUGGAGUUUGUGCGGCGGGGGCUCUGAUUUUUGGGAGGGAUGGCGAGCGAUCUGCCAAUGAGUGCGGAGCUGGAGCAGAUUGAUGGCGAGAUCACCGACAUCUUCCGAGCCCUUCAAAAUGGAUUCCAGAAAUUGGAUAAGAUUAAGGAUCCUAAUAGACAAUCUAAGCAAUUGGAGGAGCUCACUGGAAAAAUGAGGGAAUGUAAGCGGUUGAUUAAAGAGUUUGAUCGUCAAAUUAAAGAUGAAGAAAGUCAAAAUCCUCCAGAAGUCAACAAGCAACUUAAUGAAAAGAAGCAAUCCAUGAUCAAAGAGCUGAACUCGUAUGUUGCCUUGAGAAAAACGUACCAAAAUAGCCUUGGUAAUAAAAGAGUUGAGCUCUUUGAUAUGGGUACCGGAGGUAGUGACCCUGUAGCUGAGGACAAUGUUCAAAUGGCAUCAGCAAUGUCUAAUCAACAACUUGUGGAUGCUGGAAUGAAGAAGAUGGAAGAGACUGAUCAGGCCAUUGAACGCUCAAAAAUGGUUGUUGAGCAAACUAUUGAAGUAGGGGCUCAAACUGCAGCAAAUCUUAAAGGCCAAACGGAACAAAUGGGUCGAAUUGUUAAUGAGUUGGAUACAAUUCAAUUUUCUAUUAAGAAGGCGUCUCAGCUCGUGAAGGAGAUUGGUAGGCAGGUGGCUACUGAUAAGUGCAUCAUGGCUUUUCUAUUUCUUAUUGUUUGCGGUGUAAUUGCAAUCAUCAUUGUGAAGAUCGUUAACCCACAUAACAAGGACAUUAGAGACAUACCUGGGUUGGCACCACCGGCUCCAACAGCUAGGAGAUUGUUGUCACUAGAAGCUUUCAAAGGUUUCCAGUAGAGUGCAAUUCAGGCUGGUCCGCGCUGUGUACUGGAACCUUCAAAACGUGCAUGAACUAAAGGAAACAAGGUUGAUGAGCUAUUGCGUGUGUUGCUAUUCUUUUCCCCUUGUAUAUCGUUUCUCGUUGUUCUCUAUGUUUUUGUGUUCAGUUUUAACAGCUUCCAGAUUGAUCAUUAGGUUGAGAAUUUACAAUGCUAUUAUACUUUGUGUAAAAUAUUGUAUUUGUCCCUUCUCUUCUGUAAAUGAGCUAAAGACAAUCAUCACAAGGAGUCUUUGUAUCGAAUGUGUGAAAUCUUUUGAUAUAUUGACUUAUAGUGCUUAUCAGAUCCUCCAGUUUCAAUUAUUU